AUUAAAACCAAAAGUAUCGGUAUGUCGAGCACGGAGCACAUUGAACAAAAAUUAAAAACAUCGCCGGAGCUGGCUGAUCUGACUCACUUGGAAGUGGUUGAUAUGUCAGAUGGAUGUGGUGCCAAAUUUCAGACUGUGAUUGUUUCUUCCAAGUUUGAGGGGCUCCCUCUUCUUCAAAGACACAGAUUAGUGAAUAAAGUUUUAGAAGAGGAAUUGAAAGUCAUUCAUGCCUUCCAGAUGAAGACCCUGACACCUGAACAGUGGGAGAAAACAAAGUCCUCGUGAUGGGGUCAGGAAAGUGUUUGAUGAAGUGGACUUUAACACAGAGGACUGUGAACGACAUUGAAGUGGACUGAAGUAGUACUACACAUACCCCAGAUCAACAGAACAAUCUUUACUAAAUUGUAAAUGAAAUUAAUGUAGAUGAACUUUUAUUGAAUACAGUGUAUCUUGUCUCCAGAGUAAGUAAAAGCCACAUAUUUCUUGCUCUUUGCAGUCACUACAGAUACAUGUACAUGAUUAUACAGAGACACCAUGUAAGAAAUGCCAUUGUUUUAGUGAACUUUGUAGUGAAAUAAAGUAUAAUAGUGAAUACAUGUA